AUGGAAGUAAUUAGUUCUCUAAUCUCUUCUGUUUUGCUUAAAUUCAUCCACAAAGACUUUCAUGAGAUUUACUCAAGAAUGUCCCUCCUCGAUCGUUUUCUACUUCUUAUCGUGCAUGCAGUGGAUAAGGUUGUUCCAUGGCAUAAGCUUCCGGUUUUCUUGGGUUUAGCCUACCUUGGAUUGCGUAGACAUCUUCACCAAGAAUAUAAUCUUAUCAAUGUCGGUCGAACUCCGGUUGGGACCCGGUUUAAUCCGGCUGAUUAUCCGUACCGGACUGCUGAUGGAAAAUUCACUGAUCCGUUUAACGAAGGUGUCGGUAGCCAAUUUAGCUUCAUCGGAAGAAAUUGUCCUCCCGUUGAUCAGAAAAUAAAGUUAUUGAAGCCAGACCCGAUGGUGGUGGCGACAAAAUUAUUAGCAAGAAGAAAGAUGAUCGACACAGGAAAACAAUUUAAUAUGAUUGCAGCUUCAUGGAUUCAAUUCAUGAUCCAUGAUUGGGUUGAUCAUCUUGAAGAAACUGAUCAGAUCGAGCUCGUGGCUCCAAAAGAAGUAGCGAACGAGUGUCCCUUAAACUCCUUUAGAUUCUUUAAGACCAAGGAAGUCCCGACCGGUUUCUUCGACAUCAAGACCGGUUCGCUAAAUACUCGUACACCUUGGUGGGAUUCGAGCGUCAUCUAUGGAAGUAACUCGAAGGCAUUGGAGAGAGUGAGAACUUACAAAGAUGGAAAACUAAAGAUAUCGGAGGAAACGGGUCUGCUCCUCCACGACAACGACUGUUUAGCCAUCUCCGGCGACGUACGUAACAGUUGGGUUGGUGUAUCUGUGUUGCAAGCUCUCUUCAUCAAAGAGCACAACGCCGUAUGUGACGCCCUCAAGAAAGAGGAUAUGGAUUUGGGAGACGAAGAUUUGUAUCGCUACGCUAGGCUAGUGACAUCAGCUGUGAUUGCCAAGAUUCACACCAUAGAUUGGACCGUCGAGCUUCUCAAAACCGAUACUUUACUUGCUGGGAUGCGAGCAAAUUGGUACGGACUACUUGGAAAGAAGUUUAAAGAUUCAUUCGGGCAUGUAGGCAGUUCAAUUUUGGGAGGAAUCGUGGGUAUGAAAAAAACGGAAAAUCAUGGAGUGCCAUAUUCGUUAACCGAAGAAUUCACUAGCGUAUAUAGAAUGCACUCUCUCUUACCUGAUCAACUCCAAAUGCGUGAUGUUGAUGUUGUACCGGGAACUAAUAAAUCACUACCAUUGAUUGAAGAGAUUCCUGUUGAAAAGUUGAUUGGUCGUAAGGGAGAACAAACCAUAUCUCAUAUUGGAUUCACUAAGCUAAUGGUCUCAAUGGGUCACCAAGCAUGUGGUGCACUUGAGCUAAUGAACUAUCCACAGUGGUUUAGGGAUCUUGUUCCACAAGACCCCAACGGUCACGAUCGUCCGGACCACAUCGACUUAGCCGCUUUAGAGAUCUAUAGGGACAGGGAGAGGAAUGUUGCAAGGUACAACGAUUUUAGGAGAGCUAUGUUUAUGAUUCCAAUAACAAAGUGGGAAGAUCUAACGGACGAUAAGGAAGCGAUUGAAUUGCUAGAUGACGUGUACGGUGGUGAUGUAGAUGAGCUUGAUCUUCUGGUGGGACUUAUGGCAGAGAAGAAAAUCAAAGGGUUCGCUAUCAGCGAGACGGCGUUUAACAUUUUCCUCCUUAUGGCCACAAGGAGAUUAGAAGCGGAUAGAUUUUUCACGAGCGAUUUCAAUAAGACUACCUAUACAAAGAAAGGACUUGAAUGGGUGAAUACUACAGAAACUCUUAAAGAUGUUUUUGAUCGUCAUUAUCCUGAAAUGACUGAUAAAUGGAUGAAUUCUGAAAGUGCAUUUUCAGUAUGGGAUUCUCCAACGGCUACCAAAAAUCCAAUCCCUCUUUAUCUCCGAAUCCCAUCUAAUUAG